AUGACUGACGACGCGACCAGGACCUUGGGGAAAGGGAGCAUCCCCCCAGGGCCGGUCCCUGAAGGCGUAAUCCGCCUCUACAGCAUGAGGUUCUGUCCCUACGCGCACAGGACGCGCCUGGUCCUCCGGGCCAAAGGCAUCAGACAUGAAGUUAUCAACAUUAACCUGAGAAACAAGCCUGAAUGGUACUUUACAAAGCAUCCUUUUGGCCAAAUUCCUGUCCUGGAGAACAGCAAAUGUCAACUGAUCUAUGAAUCUGUCAUCGCUUGUGAGUACCUGGAUGAUGCUUACCCUGGAAGGAAGCUGUACCCAUAUGACCCUUAUGAGCGAGCUCGCCAAAAGAUGUUAUUGGAGCUAUUCUAUAAGGUCCCACAUUUGACCAAGGAGUGUCUGGUAGCAUUGAGAUGCGGGAGAGACUGCGCUGAUCUGAAGCUGGCCCUGCGUCAGGAGUUCUGCAACCUGGAAGAGAUUCUUGGCUAUCAGAACACCGUCUUCUUUGGCGGAGAUUGUAUAUCCAUGAUUGAUUACCUCUUUUGGCCCUGGUUUGAGCGGCUGGAUGUAUAUGGAAUAGCCGACUGUGUGAACCACACCCCUGCGCUCCGGCUCUGGAUUGCAGCCAUGAAGCAGGAUCCCACAGUCUGUUCUCUUCUCACAGAUAAGAACACCUUCCUGGGCUUCUUGAAUCUCUAUUUUCAGAACAACCCCGGUGCCUUUGACUACGGGCUAAGUUGCUGAGCCUUGCAGUCCACCCCUUCA